GUUCUUCCUCCCUGCUUGCGGCCGUAGUCGUUCGGGUGUAGCCGUCGUGCCGCAGGAUCCGGUGCCGAGAGAUGGUGCUGCGGCGCUUGCUCUUCACGCUGCUCAACAACCCGCGGCUCAUCGAGAAGCUGUCGGAGUCGCGGCCGAUCCGCGUGGCGGCCCAGGUCACUGCCUCGGCCCUGACCCGGGCCCAGCUCGGGGGUCGGGAGGCGGCGCGGCGCCUGCUGCGGGAGGGGGGCCUGGCCCGCCUGCGGGAGACCUUCCUGCGUGAGCUAAAGGAUGGGGCUCGGGCCCAGGACUGGCCCCGACCUCCUGGGAACAGGCGGGACGGGAGCGGACGCGGAAGCCAGUGAGAGGGCGGGGAGAGAGCGAUUCAAGCCCCCGGACCUUCCAGCGAUGGGCGGGGGAUUUAUUCUUCCCCAGCCCCAAGGAUCUGCGGCCAGGAGGGCUAUGAGGAGGCAUCGCCGAGCCAGGGCCCGUUCGCCCCACCCGGACCGUAGCUGCUCUCGCCUGCGCAGGGGUAGCCGGCAGCUUUGAGCCCACCCAACUCCGUGCGCUGGGUCACACGCAGUAACCAGGAUCUGCGUGUUCGCUGCCCCUGAGAUGCGCGCUGUCUGCACAAGCAGUUCUGCUCAGCGUGCUGUGUUUAAAAUAAACACGUCUGCAUAGUUAUAUUUCCUUCAUUUCCCCACAAAAUGCAGUGCAGGCAUCACAUGCCCUAUGGCAGUCCUUUGCUGCUUGACCAAUUAACACCGAAUGAGAUGGAAAGAGGUCAAUGGGAUUUGCUACUGGUAACCUCUUAAUUUAAAAAAAAUAUAUAUAUAUGGUGGUGAU